AGACAGGAGGAAGGCUGAGACGGUAGCAUAGAAGAAGAGGAAGAGAGUGUUUUGAGGCAUUGGCGCCAUUGCUGACGCCCCAAUCCGAAUCGGAUCCGCCUGGGUAGAGAAUGCCUCGAGGGAGCAAGAAGGAAGCGAACACGGCCGACCCGGAAGCUGAUGAGAGAACAAGGCUGAAAGGAUUGGCCUUUUCCCGUAACGUUUUAUCUCAGAAGCCCUCGCGGCUCGCCUUUUCCGCAGCCCUCCCCCCCUCCAAGACCCUCAUCAAGCACCACGGCACCGAUGUCCUCAGAAAAUCUCACCGGAAGAAUCGAUACCUCUUUUCCUUUCCCGGUCUGCUCGGGCCAAUUUCUGGUGGGAAAAUCGGCGACCUCAAAAACCUCGGCUCCAAAAACCCCCUUCUCUACUUAGAUUUUCCUCAGGGUCAAAUGAAGUUGUUUGGGACAAUAGUUUACCCAAAGAAUAAGUAUCUGACUCUACAAUUUUCAAAAAGUGGGAAGAAUGUUACCUGUGAUGAUUAUUUUGACAACAUGAUAGUAUUUUCAGAUGCUUGGUGGAUAGGAACAAAAGAGGAUAAUCCAGAAGAAUUACAGCUUCAGUUUCCAAAAGAGCUGAAUAUGGAAAAAAAUGAAGGGUAUGACUUCAAGGGUGGUGUUGGGUCCCGCUGUGAUGGUAAGCAAGGUUUCGGAAGAUUGGCCAAGAAAUGCAUGGAACAGGUGUCACGUGGAGUUUCUUCAGAGGACAAUUCAAUUGACAAUUCUAGCAGCUGCAAAGAGAAUGUGGAACUAACUCCAACACGCCGCUCAGCUAGGACUUCUGGAAAAACUUUCAAACAUGCGCGGGCAGGAAGUUCCCAGCCUCUAACAUUGGAAGAUGACAAUAAGGUUAACGAUGGACGAGAUCUGUGUUUAGAGCAAUGUGAUUUGGCAGGGAAAGCUGAGGGUCCCCGUAAUAGUACUGAUAAGCCUCUUGUUCAAACAACAUUAUCUUCGCUGUUUAAGAAAGUGGAGGACAAGAAGGCUAACAAGGAGUUGAAGCAGGAGAAGAAUACUUCUGAGGUUGAAGAUGACGAGGACAACGAUGACAUAGAAGAGUUCUCUAACACUUCAGAGGACAUGGAUGCAAGUGAUGAAGAUUGGGCUGCUGCUUGAAAUUAAACCAAGACGACAUGCAAUGUGGUUGGUUAUACAUAGCAGUCAGUGAUUGCCAUGUAUCUCCUCCUCCUCAUCCUCAUCAUCAUCGUCAUCAUCUCGUGUGGGCGCGGGAGCAGCCAGCCAGCAGUGGGGGAGCAGUAUUGUCUUCACCCACACAUUGUGUUAUGAUGAAUGGCGGCUGAUGACGAUGCUGUAGUAAUUAGUGGUCCUGUAGUAAGUAGUAGUAUUUUUUAUAUUAGCACAGAGGGACGGAGAUUUUGAUUGAUUGAUUGUGUUGACAAAGAUUGAUUGAUUGAUUGAUUGAUUAGGUCUUGAAUUUGUAUGUUUUUCCAUGUGGAAUUUGCCAGUGCUACCCAAUCUCCCUCUGGACGCCAGAGUCGUGGUGGUAUUGUAUUACAGUUUGAGUGAGCGAGAUACAUGAAUUACAUAUGUACACAUACUACACUAUUUUUUUAUCAUUCAUACACACCCAUGAUAUAUAUAUAUAUACUUAUAGAUAUGA